UCACAUCCGCAUGGUGCGGAGAUCUAGUCACCGGGGGGUCCUGAAGCCGCUUCUCCGCGGCUAACUGUUAGCUGCCUGUCGGGCUGUAGCUGAUGUAACUCUGAAGGACUUAGCACCUGUCAGGCCCCCUCAGCGCUCUCUGAAACGUGUCGGGGCUGCUGCUCAGAGUCUAUGUUUUUAGUUCGCUCCGUGUUCAAGAUGUCAAAUCACAAUCCUUUGUUGAGGCUGGAGCAGCGGGCGGCCGAAGCUGACCAGAUAAUCGAGUACCUGAAGCAACAAGUCCAGCUGCUAAAGGAGAAAGCCAUCGUCCAGGCCAGUGUCAGAGAAGAGAAGAAACUGAUGGUGGAGAACGCCAAGUUGAAGAAUGACAUCGAGGAACUAAAAAAACAGCUGCUGGAAAAAGAGAAGAAGAGGGGAGUGCGCGAUGUAGCCAUGCCAUCAUGUGACGCCAGUGCUGAGUGCGUUUCGAAACCCACACCUACCAAACCCUCUGCUCCGGCACCAUCUGACGCCCCUGCUGCUGCUGUCCAGAGCCCCCCUCCUAAAGAAGAGAACAAAAAGAAGAAGCCAGAGAAGAAAGGAUCGGAGAAAGUGGAGAAGAAGCAGGCAGCCCCCAGCCAAGAAGAUGUCAAGGUGGAUGUGUCUCGUCUGGACCUGCGUAUCGGACGUAUAAUCACAGCUGAGAAGCACCCAGAUGCCGACAGUCUUUAUGUGGAGCAGGUCGAUGUGGGAGAGGCCUCACCAAGGACAGUGGUCAGCGGGCUGGUCAAGCACAUACCUCUGGACCAGAUGCAAAACCGCAUGGCAGUCCUGAUGUGUAACCUGAAGCCAGCCAAGAUGAGAGGAGUGGUGUCCCAGGCUAUGGUCAUGUGCGCCAGCUCACCAGACAAGGUCGAAAUCCUUGACCCUCCGAACGGAGCAGUACCAGGAGACAGAGUCACUUUCCAGGGAUUCCCAGGUGAACCAGACAAAGAGCUGAACCCCAAAAAGAAGGUGUGGGAGCAGGUUCAGCCAGACCUUCGCACAGACGGCCAGUGUAUUGCAACCUACAAGGGAGCUGCCUUUGAAGUCGCCGGCAAGGGAGUGUGCAAAGCCCAAACCAUGAGCAACAGUGGAAUCAAAUAAAAUAACAGAGCUGCUUGAAAUAGCUCAGUGUUUACUUGGCAAUCAUCUAUAUUGAUGGCAAUGAUAGUGUUGAGAAACAGGAAGGUGAUGAAUGAAAGAAAAUGCUUUGAAGAUGUUCAAUAAAGGGAUUUGAAAAUAA